UAUUCCCAGGAGGAGAAAUUCGCUGGGCCGGGUUCCGCCGGGAUCCCCGGGAAUACGGAACUCCGGAAAUUCGGGAAUUGGCUCAAAGCCUCCAUUCCCAGCGAUCCCAAAUAACCUUGGCAACCCUGAGGAUGCGGAGCCAGGGGCUGCGAGCUCCUCACUGGCACCUCAACGCCAACGAGCACGGAUUCCUGCUCCAGGGUUCAGCGUGGAUCGGGAUCCUGGGACCGGAUCAUUCCAGAGCCGUCACCUUCAACGUCACCCAGGGUCAGGUGGUUUUCUUCCCCAAAAAUUCCGUGCAUUGGGUGAAAAACGUCGGCGAAGAGGAUUUGAUUUUCCUGCUUUUCUUCUCCACUCACGACGAACUGUUGACUUUGGAUGUGGAUGAUGUUUUCUUCUCCACCCCCGAGGAUGUGGCAGCUCGAGCUUUGAAGCCCCAAGGAGGCGUGGAAUUCAUCAGAACAUUCCGGAAAGCCCAAGAGGAUCAAAGCAUCAACCUCCCCAAAAACCUGGAGCAGCUGAUCCGCAAUUCCACCUUCCCCCAAUCCCCGGAUUCCCAGGUCUGGAAAUUCUUCUACGAUCUCCCAGGAUCUGCGGAAUUUCCGUUCCCGGGGGGAAUUUUCCGAUGGGCGAGGUUCAGGAAAAACGGGACGGGAUUGACGGGAAAUCAACGGAUCUACAGCCAAUCGCUGAACGAGCACGAGAACAGCCUGACCUUGGCCACGCUGCGGAUUUUUGGGAAUCAAUUGGGAAUUCCUCAUUUCCACUUCAACGCCAACGAGAUGGGAGUGGUGAUCAGAGGCUGCGGACAGGUGGGCGUGGUCCUUCCCGAAGGCUCCUCCCUCUUUUCCGUCUCCGUGGGUGACGUCGUUUUCUUCCCGCUGGGAUCCCAACAUUUCAUCCAGAGUUUGUGCCACGAGGAUUUGCUGCUCGUGCUCGCCUACAGCACAGGCAACCAGCUGCAGACGCUGAGGAUGAAUCAAUAUUUCCCUGGGAUUUCCCAUCAAAUCCUGGCUCAACUCUUCAACAAAAGCCAGGAAGAAUUCCAGAAAAUUCCACACAAUUCCGAUUAAUUCCAGGAACAACGACAAAAAAUGGGGGAAAAUCCCCGGAAAUUGAGAAAAAAACAAAAAAAAAUGGGAAUUUUGGGUGAAAAACGGGAA